GCUUAUUAGAUAAGUGUAUGGUCAUUCAGGUGUAACAGACAGUGCUACCCUGUUAUUUGCCUUUAGGGAUAUAAUUAAGGUCCUGGCCAUAAGUUCUAUAAGUCAUUUGUUUCUAUUGGGUUUUAGUUUUGUGUUCUUGUGUUUUAUUGGUUUGUCAAAUUCCCUCCAAAGUGUUCUUGGUCUUUCUGGUCAUUCUUUGUCCAGAUUGUUUGUAGAGAGGUGCUAUUUAUUUUGGUUUGACAAAUUUGACAUUCUGACUGAGACUCUCUUCAUCUUCUGGUAAGUUAAUAUUUAUUUACUAACUUUAACAUAUCUUUAAUAUAUAGUUCAUUAAAUGUGAAAUCUGUAAUUUCUGCAAUAUUAAUUUCCAUAGCACUUUUGCACAGUAAGAGAGAUUUUGGAAGUCAGAUUUUUACUUAGUUAUUAGCAGCAAAGUUAAAGGUAUUUUUAUGAUCCAGAUAAUAUGUACAUAUGUUUUUAUGAUCAGAGAAUUAUAUAAGGUUUAUGAUAAUUUAUAGUUAUCAUCUGGACUCCCAGCCAUAUACUGUAGUUGUGUGAUAAACCAUAUGGGAGCUUGCCUAUUCCCUCAGAAUGGGCAAUAGUGAAUAUAUUUAUAUCUACAACCAUUAAUAAACAGUGUGUCGAACCCUGACAGGUGUUUUCGUUAUUACGAUUCCAUAACCCUGUUACAAAUUUGGCGCCCACGUUGGGACCCUUGGGAUAGACAGUGCAGCGAGACCCUCGGGACAGACAGUGAAGACCUCUCUGCAACAACCAGCAGCCUGUAGCCAUUUCUGAUAACCACAGUGAACAGUCUGCCUGACCAGUGCCCGUCCCAUAGUGUAUGUAGUAUUCAUGGAUGGACGGACUGUGAUGUGAUGUGUGAUGUACGCGUACCAUAUGUUACGAUGAUGUAGUGACAGUGUCGAGAGUGACUGUAAUACCGGUACAUAUCCGUCGAGAUCACCUCUGCGGGGUACAUAUCCGUCAAGACCACCUUUGGACAAUUUGGUGACUCAUUAUUCAUUCUUUGUGUUAUUUGUAUUUUGUGCUUUGUGUUUUGUGCCAUAUAUGGUGUGUAUUUUCUACAAGUGAAUUUAUCAGCUGAUUGGUGAGUGUUACUGUUAGAAUUGUUUACCUGUAUACUUAGAGCUCUAUAAUUAUUUUUUUUCUUUUCUUUUCUUUGCUUGCAAGCCUAUUGUAUUUUUGACAUUUACAUAUUUAUUGGGUACCCUUGGUAUUGAAAAUUUUUGAUUGAUUUUAGUUUUAAGUGUAAAGGUUAGUUUUAAACGUUUGACAGCUGAGUGCCAGAUUGGUAAGUGAGGUAUCACAAAUUCACAUAUCCAGAGAUCCAGGUACCCUUGAAUUACUAAAAUGUAAGUAAAUUAAUUAAUAAUUCUAUCUCUUUUGACAGUGACUUUUUGACAAAUAUAUAUUACAGACAUUUCAGUUGAAUUAGUAGAUUCAGUUUUCUUGGUAAAGUGUUAGUAUUUGUGUGCAGGUGAAUUAUAUCCUUUGGUUCUAAGUUGUGCAGUUUUCAGAGUUGUUGGAGGGUUGAUUUAAAUAAGUUUUAUUAUUACAUUUGCUUGUUUUAUUGAUUAGUGUAGUGCUCACCUUAUACUUCAUUGAUUUUCAUUUAUUUAAUACUUAUUUACAUCGGGUUCGUCCCGCAAUUUGAUCGAGAUCGGUUUCUUUUUCCGAUUGCGCAUUUCCGAUCGAGCUCGAAAUCCGCGUAAUUUAUUUUGACCGGAAGUAAGUUUAGACAACGUGAUUUGGUAAACAAAUAUUGAAAUUUGCCUUAUUUUCCCAGUGUUUGUUGUUCAUUAUUCAUUUAAAGUCAUUUGAAGUACAGCUACAAAGGUAUUGAAAGUCAUUAUCUCUUUCAGGUAAUUAUUUGUCGUCAACUUUUCUUUAUUUCAGCUUUUGAAUUUCAGUCAGCUGAUUUUUGAUUUCAUUCAGUAGAACAUAUCAUUAUUCAUUCGUUGAAAUAUCUAGUACUCAAUUGAAAUAUAUCUUGAGUUUAUUUGAAAAGCAUUCAUAGUCAUACAUAUUUACUAGGAAACUACCUAUCAGCAAUAUUCAUUCGUUUUAAAUAUUUGAAACAAGCCCAUUUUAUCAGUUUAUAGUUCUGUCAUGAACUCCCACCUGUAAAUAAUACUUUGUUAUUUGUUACUCCCCCAUGAUUAGUUCAUGCUGAACUACCCUCCUAUUCUGAUUAUAUUUUUGUUUAUUUCAUCAUUAACGUACAACAUGCCGAAAUCCGAAGGAGAUGCAAGUAAAACAGAUACUUCACCUGAGACAGAAGCUGAUAAAGGAGCUACGGCUAGCGAAGUAUCAGAGAAAGAGUGGAAAAAUCUGUAUGCCACAUUAGAGAAAAUGAAGAUAAAACCAGACAGCUUCACAUCAUGGUUAGCUUCACAGGAAGAUCAGCCACAGGCUAAGAAGGAACUGAAAUUUCCUACCACACAAGCACCAACAUUGCCACCACCGUUACCUACCGGCUCUUACUAUAAAGCACCUUUGAGGAUCUCAGUGUUUUCUGGUGAUGAAAAGGACUCAUAUGAACUGUGGAAGUAUGAGGUUGUUUGUCUCAUGAAAGAGUCUCAUUCUGAGGAGUCCAUUCUUCAAGCCAUCAGACGUUCCGUCAAAGGGGAAGCAGCCAAAGUCAUCAUGAGAUUAGGUGUAGGUGUAAGUGUGCAAGAAAUCCUGUGUAAGUUGGACAGUAUUUAUGGAAACGUGUUAGAGAAAGAGGAUAUUUUGGCUGAAUUUUACAGCGCAAAACAGAAGGAUGAUGAGACUUGUUCCGCAUGGAGUUGCCGUCUUGAGGAUAUUUUAUGCAAGGCGAUGAAGAUGGGUAAAGUUCAGAAUAGUGCAGCAAAUGAGAUGCUUCGCACUAUGUUUUACAAAGGACUCAGACACGAUUUGAAAGAUAUUUGCGGACACCUGUACCAUUCAAUCAACGACUUCGACAAGCUACGGGUGGAAAUCAGGAAAAUCGAGACUGAACAUCCAGCCCAAGGAAAAGUAAAGUCAAAGCCAGCAAUUGCAAAAGCAGGAGUAUCUCAGCCUGAGACAACAAGCACUUUGGAUAGUAAGUUUGAAGCCCUGCAGGCUCAAAUUAAUCAGCUGAGAACGACACAAGAAUCCUACUACAAUCCCCCCUCUUAUGGAUCUAGAAACUUCAGAGGAAAACAACCCUAUCAGAGAGGAAGAAGACAAUUCUCAGGUCGUGGUAGAGUUUAUACUCCCAGAAUGCCUGAACCAAGAGUCUCUGAUGUUGAUCAAGGACAACAGAUGCCUCGGAGGAGCGGUAGUGUUGUAUGUUACAAAUGUGGUCAGGAGGGCCACAUCGCAGUUGGUUGUCGAGUAAGGGUAGACCACAGGAGGAAUUUAAACUACAGAUGGCCGAAUCCUGGGGACAAGGGUCUGGCCGACAACACCGUGGUCCCACCAGCUCGCAAAUAG